UUUCACCUCUCUUUGUUUGUUCUUUUCGUAACCUACCCUUGUAUUUAAUAGUUUAAAUGUUUCUUUCUUAACCUGCCUUUCUAUUUUUACCAUGUGCUUACAAAACAGUUUCCUUUGUGUUUCUCUUUGAUUUAACUCUUUUUAAAUGCUUUUUAUUAACCUAACUCCUGUAUUUAAUACACCUUUUACAUUUAUCUCAAAUUGUUUUAUUCUUUAAUAACAUACCAAACUAGUCCUUUAAAAACCCCUCUCCUUACUAAACCUCACCAAAACCUCUUCUCUUUAAUAACUUGCCUCUGUUCUUUCAAACUAACCCUUUAAAAACAAAAACCUUCAUUUUCCUUUAAGUUCUCUUUCUGUUCUUUAAUAACCUGCCAAACUAGGCCUUUAAAAUCAUCUCUCCUUACUCAGCCUCACCAAACAACCUCUCUUUCCUUUUUCCCUCUAAGCCUUACCCAAGCUUUCUCUUUUUAAACUUUAAGCUCACUCACUCAAUUCUCCAACCUUUUUCUCGUGGAAACCUGUCAGGAAAUACAUGGUGAUGGAUGCUAUCGAGUCCAUCCUCAGCCACAGAGGGUAGCCAGGCUCGUCCUGCCAGCCAGACGUCCCCGUCCGAACCGCUCCAGGCUCCGGCUCCGUUUGGUGAGGAUCUCCGACGCCCGCUGCCCCACGCUGUCAGGAUGGAGGGGGCUCCUCUUCGACCUUCUUUUCUUUUGCUUCUUCUGCUCUUACAGCCCGGAGAGUACUCCAGCGCGGCCGCAGAUGAGACGGAGCUGGCCGGGAUUCUGGGAGGGUCGGUCACUUUCCCCCUGAGGAUCCCAGCAGCACAGAAAUUUGAAAACGGGGCCUGGACAGUAAACACAAGGAGUCUAGCCACCGUCACCGCAGGGAGACCUCCCCACGUCCUGGUGUUUCACUCCUCCUACGAGGGACGCCUGCGAUUCUCUGCUGAGAGCUCCUCGCUUCAGAUCACCGACCUGAGGCUGGAGGACACGGGCAGCUACACCGUCGAAUACAACACGGACAAAGAGAAAUUCGCCUACAGAGAAUUCACGCUGCGCGUGUCCAAGGGACAACUGCCACCCACCAUCGCCUGUGACUCAGUGGCCUGUGAGGAUGACGCCUGUACCUACACCCUGCGCUGCGCCAUCAGGAAUGAAAGGGAAAAUGUGACCUACAGCUGGAGUAACGCCGCCAGCAGCGUUCUGUCCGCCGACUCCAUCGUGCGCAUCCCUCAGCGGCACCAGGCUGCUCGUGAGACCGUCACCUGCACGGCACGUCUCCCCAACGGGACCAGCUCCACGACGGUCUCCCCGAAGGACUUCUGCACAGAGCAAGUGCCGGCGACGACGAUUGUCUGUGAGUCGGUGACCUGUGUCAAUGGAACCUGUCACUACGCCAUGCGCUGCGUGGCCGGGGAGAGGGGGGGACUGGCGGCUUACAGCUGGACUCAGGCGGGCAGCGGCACGGUCGUAUCCACCGGACCCAUUCUGCGCGUCUCUGUGAGACCUUUCGAGACUCUCCCGGCCGUCAUCUGCACAGCCCGGCACCCCGCCAGGAACAGCUCCAGGCUGCUCUCCCGGAAGGACCUGUGUCCAGAUAACCCCGUGGAUUCCCCACCAGACCGGUCCCUGGCCUCGUCGCUGUCCUACCACCUCAUCAUCCUGCUGCUGGCGCUGGGAGCCCUGAGCGCCGGGGUCAUCGCAUAGCACGGCCUCCCCGGCAGGGAGCGGAGAUGGGACCAAGACCGGAGGAGCUGCCACAGCGACUGCCAAUCCCGCCUGGGCGUUCCCAGCCCGCCAGGCCAAGGGAUGUACCGGGAGGGGAGGGGGGGCGGCACACACUCACUUGCAGCUUCCGAAGGGUUAAUGUCACUGCGUGGGGAGCGAAGCAGAAACACUGGGUCCGGCCAUGGGGCUGUCAACCCUCUGAGCCUAAGGUGGAAUCGUGGAUCUUGUUAUUCACCUAAAUAUCUGGGAUUGGUUGUAUUUUAAUACUGAGGCUAUCUGGUAGCAGUGAGUUCCACAGGUUAACUCCCCAUCUCAUAAAUAAAGUCUCUGCCGUUUGA